CGUCCACACUGGGGUCCAUUUACUCCGCCGAGACGGAGAACCAUGGCACUCGUCCGUUCCUCGGUGCCGCGGGUUCGGCGUCACCCAUGAGCUUACGCGAACGAGCGAGACGGACGCUUCAGCGAUGAGGGAGCGGAGGGAGGUGCCUGCCUGGGUUUGGCUCCUGCUCCCGGUCGUGUUGGCGCGUCAAGUCCGCGCACAGGAGCAAAAUCGGGUGGUGUUCAUGCUGGGAACAUUUCAGAACGUGAGCUUAUCCCAGAACGAGACGGUCCAGGCGGUGGUCUCCCGCAUACCGCCGGAGGUGGCCUUCAUCACGCUGCAGUUUCACACGCAGAACCGAAACACCACAAUAUCAUACACCGGGGCUCUGGGGUUGGGUCUAUCUCAGACUGCGGUGGAUUCAGGGCUCCUCUUGCCGCUGACGCCCAGCCAGACCGCCGUCUCCCUCUUCCUGCUGUCACGGAAUGGGGGCCACAUGGAGGGCACAGGAGUCAUCCUCCCCUACACCAGCACAGAUCCUGUCCCCGGAGCCUGUAACAUGGAGCUUCAGCUUGACGUCGACCCCAACAUCUACCUGCGCUACAACCUCUACGAGACCACCAUACAGUUCGCCCCGGCGAACAUCGGUUAUGCAAGGGGAGAAGCUCCACCGGCUUGUGACGUUUCCACAGGAUCCAACACGCGGUGGCGACUGGAAUACCACAUUUACCAGUACUUCCUCCCAGAGAACGACCUGACGGAGCGGAGCCUCUUCAGCAGCGUUCAGGCCGUGGCCAACGUCCAGGGCAUGAGUCGGAGAGGCAGGAGGGUCACAACCCUGUCGUCGAAGGACAGGACCGUGGCGGUGUUCAGCUCCAUCCCGGGUCAGGGUGUGAUUUACUCCGUCAUCGUCUGGGACCCGCUGUCAAACACCUCGGCCUCCUACAUCCCCGUCCACACCUACGCCUGCAGCUUCAACUCCACCAUGGACGGCUGUCAGACUAUAGGUAAAGUCUCCACCAAGGUGUUUUUCACCAUCGCUGGCCUGGCCGGACUCUUUGUCUGUUUCUUUGGUCACCGCUUUUUCAAAUGUGAGUUGUUCUGCAUGGGCUUCAGCUUUUCAGCUUUCUUCUUCUUCGUCCUCAUCACCAGGACCACAGACCUGAGCUACAACAUCCGGUUGUCGCUGACGGCGGUGAUAGGCGUAGUGGGCGGAGUUAUCCUGGUGAUGAGCUGGUGGCGGUUUGGCUCAGUCAUGGCAUGUGCUGUCGUCCUGGGCCUGAUCCUCGGCUUCCUGCUGGCCUCCAUCGUCUUCUUCACACCCUUUGGUGACUUGGACGUGUUUCGGUCCUCGGACGCGGUGUUCUGGGUGACGUUCUGCUGCAUCAUGCUGGUCGUCCCGCUCUUCUUCAUACGCUGGCCCAGAGAGGGGAACAUCACCACUUGCGGAGUGGCUGGAGCCUACGCUGUGGUCCUGGCCGUCAACGCCUACAUCCACACCAGCCUGUCCUACAUCACGCUCAACAUCCUCAAACGCUUCCUCAACAGCGACUUCAACACCGCGUUCACAGACGUGCCCUUGCAGGACAUCGACUUUGUCAUGAUCACGGUCUGGGUGGUUCUGGGCGUGUCCAGUAUCGUGCUGCAGCUCUACCGCGAGCGCUCGCGGCCCUUCUUCCCGCCCAGCCCGUACAUCAUGUGGCUUCAGGAGCGCGAGCGCCGCAAGACCAACGUGCUGGACCCGAGCCACCAUGUGCCCUCGCUCCCUGCCCGCUUCUUCACCCGGGUCAGACAGCUGACCAACCGCAUGGAGCCCGCCGGGGAGCACACGCCUCUCCUGCUCUGACACCCAGCCAGCCGUCGCCAUCACCUGUGUGUGUCUCUCUCUCUCUUUCUCUCUCUCUCUCUCUCUCUCUCUUUCUCUC